AUUGUUAAAAUACAUUUUGUUGUUUUAGUCUUAAACUAGGCUUAAUUCGUGUCUGCGAAACCGGACCCAAGUGUUUAACAAGAAAAGGCCAGGGGCAUCUAAUUUAGCCGCCAAGCCUAUCUAAAGUUGUGCCUUGAUUUAAACCCUUUGAAAUACCAACUGACCUCUACAGGACCAGCUGGAAGGUCAUGCAGUGAGCAGCUUAUUGUUGACCAAACAAAAAAGUACAAUGGCACUCUGAGUGGUUUUUAUGACGCAGACAAAACCAAAUUCACAUGAAGGGUGUAUUGUUUUACCGGGAGCUCUGAGGCAGCAGCCGUUUGACUCCUCGGAGGAGAAGCCGCAGUUCCCAGGAGCGUCGGCUGAGUUUAUUGACCACCUGGAGUUCAUCCAGCCCAAUGUGAUCUCCGGCAUCCCUGUGUACCGGGUGAUGGACCGGGCCGGGCAGAUCAUUAACCCCUCAGAGGACCCCCAGCUCUCCAAGGAGACAGUGGUGAACUUCUACCAGAAGAUGACCCUUCUCAACACGAUGGACCGGAUACUCUAUGAGUCUCAGAGACAGGGUCGUAUUUCUUUCUAUAUGACCAACUACGGAGAGGAGGGUACACACAUAGGCAGCGCAGCCGCGCUUGACUCCAAGGACUUGGUCUUCGGCCAGUACAGAGAAGCUGGCGUGCUGAUGUACCGAGGAUUCCCUCUGGACCUGUUCAUGGCACAGUGCUACGCCAACGCAGACGACCUGGGCAAGGGCCGCCAGAUGCCCGUCCACUACGGCUCCAAGGACCUCAACUUCAUCACCAUCUCCUCUCCGCUCGCCACCCAGAUCCCACAGGCGGCGGGGGCGGCAUACGCAGCAAAGCGAGAGAACACGAACCGCGCUGUGAUUUGUUACUUCGGAGAGGGCGCGGCCAGUGAGGGAGACGCCCACGCUGGGUUCAACUUCUCCGCCACCCUGGAGUGCCCGCUCAUCUUCUUCUGCCGCAACAACGGCUACGCCAUCUCCACCCCGACCAACGAGCAGUACCGGGGGGAUGGCAUCGCUGCCCGAGGUCCGGGCUACGGCAUGCUGUCUAUCAGGGUGGAUGGAAAUGACGUGUUCGCUGUGUACAACGCCACCAAGGAAGCCCGGCGACGGGCCGUGGCAGAGAACCAGCCCUUCCUGAUCGAGGCCAUGACCUACAGGAUUGGCCACCACAGCACCAGUGACGACAGCUCCGCCUACCGCUCCGUGGACGAGGUCAACUACUGGGACAAACAGGACCACCCCAUCUCCCGGCUGCGUCACUACAUGACGGCUCGCUCCUGGUGGUCCGAGGACAACGAGCGGAGCUGGCGGAAGCAGAGCCGCAAGACUGUGAUGGAGGCGUUCGAGAAGGCGGAGAAGCGGCACAAGCCCCACCUCGACCUGAUGUUCACCGACGUCUACGACGAGAUGACCCCUAACCUUAUCCGGCAGAGGGAGUCCAUGUGGAGACACAUCCAGCAGUAUAAAGACCACUACCCACUGGAUGCGUACGCCAAGUAACGGCCGUCAAGCUAACGGCUCAUUCUCUGGUUGAUGGUGGAAGGUUCACUUGGGUUUGUGGUGUUAUUAGUUGAAUCAGUUAGACCGUUUAAAGUUAUCCUUUUAUUAAUGAGUAAAAGUUGUCUGAAUAGUUUCACAACGUUGUGUCCUCUGGGGCUAUGGUGUUUGUGCCUUCAGUGAACGACAAAAUCUGCCUUUGUGAACGUCCCGCCUGGGUUCAGCUGAUGUUUAAGGGAAAAGCUCCAUUACAUGUUUUGGGUUGGUCCAGCAGUUUUAGUCACUGCCUCUGGUGAACAUAUACUGCUGUAACAUGGGUGCAAAUCCAGACCACAUCUCUUUCAGCAAAAGCAUCACCUUUCACAUAGAUCAAUAUUCCGAUGUAUUUGGAAAUAUACUUUCCUGAAAUUAGAAGAUAAUCACACACUCCUACACUUUUUUCCAGUUUAGAAUGGAUGGAGGGAGAGAAAGCGAACUGUUGACUAAUCAAAUUAUAAAUUAGGGGCCGUUGUUUGACGAUAUUCUUACACAACUAGUGUUCAACUGGUAUUUUCUCAACAAGCAUUUGUAAUUUGCCCAGUUGACACCAGUGCACACCUCUGCCAUGCGAUACUACAGUUGUUUUCAUUGAUUUCCAAACAAAUCGUUCCGUUAACGCCGAUGCCGAUCCCAGGAGUGAAGCACCACCGCACGAGACUUGAUGAAAGGUUUUCACGAGUCACCGCUCACCAGCAUUUCUCAAAUCAAUUUCAGUUUUUGGGAGUAUCCACAGAAAGUGGAGUAAAACCGGUUUAACUAGUUACUGUAGACGCUUUAUUUUGGUGGUGUUGUCAAGUGUUUGAGUCCGAUAGUAUUUUGCUGCCAUAGACACUCGUGUGGAGAGGUUUGUGACAUAAGUGAGUAAACCCCAUGACAAUUUGAGGGUACCGUAAACUGAACCUGUCACUUUUCACUAAUACUGUACAUUCUGAAGUCAUGACAAUAUUUGUUCAUUCUAAAAGUGUGUCUAAAAACUCAAUAAAAAUACUGUGGUGAUGAGGA